UGCAGGGAUCCAGUAUAUAAAAGUUAACGCACCUCUUGGAUGGCGCAGCAACUGACUCAACACAACACAACUAAUAAGCAUGGCACGAGAUAGCAUUGUAAUUCUUGGAGCGGGCAUUAUCGGCCUGAAUGUCGCCCUCGAGCUUUCAAAACGGGGCUAUGGGCGCCAUGUGACUGUCAUUGCAAAGGACCUGCCGGGAGAUAUCCAUGUCGACUACACAUCACCUUGGGCGGGCGCAAACUUCUCCGGAAUCUCUGGUAACGAUCCGAACGCGCUGCGAUGGGAUAAAGCUGGUUAUCUGGCCCUGAUGCAACUGAUCGAUCGCGGAGCCGAAGAGGCCAAAUAUCUCGCAAAGACACAAUCGACCGAGUACUGGGACGAUGAGCCGAAUCCCAACAAGAUUCGAAGUGUUAGCGAAUAUUUGCGAGAUGUGCAGGUCAUUCCCAAGACCGAUCUCCCAGAGGGAGUUGCGUUCGGGUUACGGUUUACUACCAUCACCCUCAAUGCGCCCGCCCACUGCCAAUAUUUGAUGUCUCUUCUUUCGAGGCCAAGCUACGGGUCUGUGAAGUUUAUCCGACGUGAGAUAGGUUCGAUAGACGAUGCCUUCAUUUCCUCAAACACGAAAAUCGUCUUCAACUGCGUUGGAAACAAAGCCAGGACUCUGGCUGGCGUUCAGGACGCAAAGUGCUAUCCCACACGAGGUCAAAUUGUGCUUGUCAAGGCGCCCGCAGUAAAGGAGAAUAUGAUGCGCCACGGCAAAGACUACGAGACAUAUAUUAUUCCGAGACCCUCGUCAGAUUCAACGGUUAUUCUGGGUGGAUAUCUCCAAAAGGGCGAUUCAGAUAGUCGGAUCAGGGAGCACGAGACACGGUCAAUACUGCAGCGGACUGGGGAUCUAUUACCGGUCCUUACCAACGGGGAAACAAAGGUAUUGAAGGUUGCAGUGGGGUUUCGGCCGUCUCGUGAAGGGGGCGCGCGUGUUGAGAGGCAGGAUAUUCAGCCUGGUCGAACGGUAGUGCAUAACUACGGGGCUGGUGGAACGGGGUACCAAGCGGGAAUGGGAAUGGCACAGGAUGCUGUUGAAUUAGCCAGAGACAUCCUUGAUUCCCUAGGGGAAGUGAGCAAGCUGUGAUAUAUGCUGUAGUUCCAAAUCUAGAAGGCAGUAUAAACGAGAUCACGUGAGCCAUGACUCCAACGGA